GUGCUUUUCCUGUUUUUGAAAAUUCUUGUUUACAGUGUCGAGUCUAUAGAAUUAGAAACAAACUUCAAUUGCAAAACACGCAACAGAUUUAUUGUUCUCCAAAUUUUAAUUGGCUAACAUUACAUUAUCACGACAAUACCUUGUUUUUAUGGCAAAUUGUCGGUAACGUUUUACAUGAUGAUAAUAAUUGUAAAAUAGAUAAUACGACAAGUUUCUGCUGGAAAAAAAGACCUCAGAUCUCUACAGAUGAAAGGAAUAUCACCUGUUUUGCUGCAGUAAUAAAAGAUGAACUUAUUGAGUAUAACAUCACCAAGCAUGGACCAGCAAUUUGGAAUCAGCUGUCUCUCAGUAUCUUGAGGGACAAACUCGAAGAGAAAGGUGUUACAUCAUGUGAAGAUGUCCGUCUGUUGGCCAGUUCUGCUGACUGUUAUUUGUUUCUCAUCAGUUCAUCGGUGUUUGUGUCUGCCAGGUUUCAAAAAAAUUCCUGUGAUGUCAUUGUUAUUACCAGAAUUUCAAAAAACAAAACGAAAGAAAAUUGCUUCCCAUUGUUUCAGAUUUUUCAGCACCAGAUGGCAGUGCUAGAUACUACUGCCAACACAAUAUCUUUGUGGGAAAUUGUCAGUGGUCACCUUAUUUAUCAGAUUGAUUUGAGUCAUACCAAAGUGGAUCUGUGCAACAUCGCUUGCUGGAAUCUGUCGCACGAUGUGCAAAAACUAGUACUUGUGUCCUCUGAUUGGAUGAUGCAUGUGGUGUGUCUGCCGGCAUACAUUCAAUCAUAUCCUAGAAGCUUGAUGAUUGGCAGUCACAUGCCCAGGGAGCAGUUGUGUUACAAAAACUUACAUACUUGUCAAACUGGUGAUGUUGUGUGGAGGGAGAAAUUAGCUUACACUGGUGGAGUGGAAUCACUGGUAUCAAACAGACGGCAAAAGAACCAAGGGAGACAAUCCGAUGGAUAUGGCAGGAGAAAAGUGUCAGGUUUUAAGAAAAACAUGUCAUCACCAGUUAAAGCUGACACAGAAUCUGAUACUGUGAUAGAAACAUUUGAACUUCCAGUGUCUUUGUCAGGGCACACAGUAGGCAAUAUGGUGGUUGGUGAAUACAUUGUUGCUAUGGAACUACUUUCAUCUGACAGCAGUAACAAGGCCCUGUGUCUUGUAGAUAUGACUAGUGGAAAGAAUAUGUUUCAAAGUUUACUGAGCAAUCAGCACAUAGUUUUAUCAAGUGACAGCAGUUACCCUCACAUGAUCAUCUCUGAGCAGUUUCUUUUCCAUGUGAUUCAGCCGGGAUUUGAGCAAGAAGAUCUAGUCAGCAAGCUGAUGGUCUAUGGAGGAGCACGUUCGGCCGAUACGCUGUGUGACAUGAACAAGUGGUCGAGAUGUACUGUCCCACUCAAUGCGCUGGAGAUAGGACUAACCCACAGACAGCUCGACACGGUCGCUUUCUUCCUCAAGAGUAAAGAGAACUUAUUUUCUUCCAUCAAAGAAAAACCCAUGUCUCCACUGAGCAGUGUUGAUGAGACAUCACUAUGGCAGCAGCCGAACUGUUACCAAGACAACCUGCAGCAGCUAGAGUCGGCUCUUGUCCUGCUAGUUGAUGCAGUCCAGAGCAACAUGGCCAACAGACAGUCUCAGGACUUCGGCAACAAACUGCUGACUCUGACCCUGGACUAUCUGUACGGCUUGCUUCGCGAUGGCUUGGCUGUACGGAGCGGUCUGGAGAGUGGGGAGCAGGGGUUGCAGGAGAAAGAAGACAUCGAGAAGGCAAUUGAGAUUGUCAUGACCUACACUGCCAAACUGAGGCAGUGUUUGGUCAGUGGUACUAAAGAGACAUGGUUAUCGGAACAAAUGGAUUGUCGUGAUGGUGGGGAAGAUACUGAAGAGUCUAAAUGGAAGGAUUUAGGAACAGAGGAGGCUCUGGAGGCAGCCACCUUGGAGAACAGUGUGAGCGUGUUCCAGACUCAUCUCAUCUCGUCUGGCUCCGAGGAUAACGCGAGGUUCUCGAAGGUCGUCACUCAUGGGAUAACACACGUCAUGGCGCACUUGAAGAGGCAUGAUAUAGAACAAGCAAGAAAAAUGUUGCUCAAUUUAGGUUUUGAAGUGACACCAAAGCUUUGGGAGCUGGCUCGGUUUGUCCAUGACCGCAACAUUCAGACGUUUGUACUACAAGAGCUGCAGAAAUCAUCUGGACUGAACACCGACCAGUCAUCGUUACUAGCUUACCUCCAGCAGCUGUUUGAUCACUACCCUUGCAGUUCAUUCUCUCUCGCUCUGCUCAACAAAAGUACACAGACUCAGAGCUCAGUGUGGUCAGAUGACAACCCAGUUGCUCAGUGUAUAAUUCAGAAGAUGCCAUCUUUUAACCCAGUCUGUGGAGAUAUUGGUGCCAGUGACAGUGAUCUGGCCCAGUGUGACGGGAUGUACACAGAGGUGCUUCUUGAUUGGCUGGAAUGGUGGGAUGCAGAAACAAGAGAGCGCGUUCUAUUGGACAGUGAUCUUUCUAAACCAGAUUUCGAGGUUGAGAAAUAUGCCAACAAGACUCUUUUGUUCAAGUUUUUACUGAGUCACAACAUGCAUGCUGAAACAAUGAGAUUGGUGGAUUGUCUCCUGAAGGAGCUGAGAACAGGUCCACAGCGCCUGCAGUGUCAGGAGAUCCUUCAUUCUCUGACCAAUCAGCUUCAUUAUUGUGGCUAUCACCUUAGAGAUGAGAUUUUCACGCGUCUGCUGAGAAGUGGCCACAUCCCUGAAGAGCUGCUGUCUGAUUUCCCACGUCUGCUGCGACAGCUGUCAUCAGUUGGUGGAGUCCUCCAGGUUCCUCAUCCUAUCCAGUGUGCAGAUGGCCACCUACAACGGUUCCACCAGCAGUUCAUUAAGUACUGCACUGCCACUCAGCUGGUUUUACCACUCUGGAGAUACUGCUCUUUACACAGAAUUCACCCAAACCAGUUCUCUAUGGAUGAUCCAAAAGGCAAUAAAUGGUUGUCAAAUUUUACAAAUUUUUUCUCCGUCUUGAAAAAUCCAGAAGACACUCAGCUUAUGUUUGCUGCCAGCUUAAGUAACGCCAGCCUCUUGUGGAACCUUGAUGACUGUUCUCUAGCAGACUUGUUCCAGGAAGGUCACGACCUUGCAGCCAUUGCUACUCUUCCGUACUAUUCUCCACCAGUGAAACAGAUAUCAGGAGACCAGACUCUUGGCAGUUUGUUGGGAAUUGCUGACACCACUCUGUUGGAGUCUAAACUAAAAGCCUAUCCCAAGCUGCAUGCUGCACUGUACCCAGAGUCUGGCAUGGGCACUCCCCAUGUGGACAUUGACGUAUACAAGCUGUUAGUGGGUAAUGCACCUUUUGACCCAAGAAGAUUGUUUGGCUGGCAGACGACAAACUCGGUAGUAGGAGAAGACUGCUGUAAAGUGCUGCCAUACUUUUCUCAACCAGAACUGGUAUCAAAAUUUGCCUACAUUGAAAAGUUACGUUUUCCAUACUACCUGAAACAUUGCAGACCAUCAUACGCAUUCUUCUCCUUCCUAGCAACAGAGGUGGAGUCGGGAGCAGCUAGCAUCUCUUCCAAGAGGAUUCAGACAGCAUGUGGUAUUGCUUUGUGGAUUGCUGUGAAGAACUUGACGAAUCAGCAGAUUGGCAGUUCGUGUUCGGCUUUCGUUGAGAUGCUGGGGCAUGAAAGCCUUCUGAUUAGGACGUACAUUAGUGUGGGACUGAAGCUGCUUGUUCACAGAAACAGUGGUGUAAAAGGGACUGCCGAGAAACGCAAGGAGAUCUGUCAUGUAAAUGAGCAAGAUGUUGUUGACCUGUUAGUAAGCUGUAUUCAGAACCGUCGUCGCCAUGGAAACAAACUGUUAAUAUUGAUAGAAGAGGCUAUCGAGAAUGAGAUUACCAGAAGGAAAAUAGAGAGAAACACUUUUGAAGCUGGGAGAAAAUGGUUUCUAGCUGUGAUAUUCUGCAGUCAGCUAGGGUUGCCUUUGACAACCACUUUCCUAGAGGGAUGUGCUCAAGCUGAUGCAUGGCUGCCAUUUAUUUGGUUUGCUCAGCUACACCAGUACCCAAAACAUCAGCUACAAGGAUUACUUCAUCACUUUAAGAGCCGGCACUUGCGAGACCACCUUCACUAUGUGAUUGAAAAUGCAGACGUGAAGUCUCUCCUGCCCCCGAAAAAGAAAUCCCCAGACCAGCAGAUGGAUCAGGGCAGAGAUACCAGAUCUUCGCUGUAUGCGAAAAUUGGUCUUGCAAAGAAGAAAGAUGAUGAUGUGAGUAGUGAAGAGGACAUCAAAUGCUCACCAAAAGCUCCUCCAGUUAAUGCAAGUCACAGCACAUCAGAUGCAGAUCUGCAUGUGUCUGAAGAUGCAGCCCCAGAAGAUGUCUUCCAAGUUGUGUUCUCAUCGCAGGCCUCUCGGUGUCCAUGGAAGUCUCUCCUCUUUCAUUCCGUGUUCCUCCGCAAUAUGCUCUUCGCAGAACUGGCAGCUUGUUACCAGGAUUCUUCACUUGUUGCAUGCUUCUGUGGUUGGUUGGUGGCCAUGUUGGAUAAACCAAGAAAUCACCAGUUCCUAGAGGAUCAUGGGACAACUGUGUGUGGGUGGGGCAUCACCCAGCUAGAAGCAUUGAUUGAUAUCUACCUCGAACACAAGUGGGAGUUCACCCUGGCUAUAUGCUUUGAUAUAUUCCAACCGAAUUCACCGCUGCUGCCUUUUUUCAAGUUUAUUGCCGAGUGUUCACAACAAAGAAAUUACACCAGAAGCAAACAGUUCUUGGAAGAGUUUAAAGAUACCAUGUCCAAUUUCAGUCAACGGAAUAAGUAUGAUGAUCUGACUCGGGCUGUGCAGCCUGUUGUCAUUGGCGACCAGGAGUGGCUGGAACAAACGAGCAGUAGGAUCCUUCAUCACCAGUUACUGGUGUCCUGCCAUCUGUACGACACACUACAGCUGCUGCGAUUGCUGGAUCUGGAAAAUAUUGCACUGGUGUUCAGUUUUGAUGUUGCAGAUUUUGGCCGACUUCACAAGCUUGCACAAAUUCUGCACUCGUGUAAAAUCGAAGACAUUAACUUCCAGGCUUUCUUGUUCAAGUCUGAACAGCCUUAUCAGACAGAAGCUUUGAAGGCAGUCACACGUCUUACAGAGAGGUCAUACUUCAUCGAGGCUCGGACGUUUGCCACUCUAACAAAUGUUGAGGCUGAUUUUGUGACAAUAAAACAGAUGGAAUUAGAAAAACAGCAGCUGGAGAACAGCCUGUUGUGGAAAUCGAAAGUUUCUCGGCGAAACUUCUGGCUACACUGUGCUGACAGCUUUACAAAAGAGAAAAUAUGUUCAAGCCAAGUUGUCGAGUUUUUCAUGAAUGAAGCAGCGAGUGUGGACUGUGUUCAUGAGAAAGCAAUGAUAUAUCAGCUGUGUCUUGAUCAAGUGUCUGAGAGUGAUAUAGAAGACACCGCCGGUCUUCAAGAUGAAAUUUAUCAAAACAUGUGGCAAUGUCGCAUUGAGGCCAAAAUACAAACACCGGAGGAAACAUUAUUAGCAUCAGAUCCAGUUGAAGAAAUAAGGUCAGGUAUAGAGAUGGCUGAAAUAUCAAAACCUGCUGAAGACAAGGGUGAGCUGCUGCACUUUGGCAGAAUGCCAGGAUCAAAGCAACAGUCGGCUUUGUCCCAACAGGAAUCGGAUGCUCUCAGCUCCUUGGUAGGAGAACUAUUAAAUAAGGGACAGAUACGGAAAGCCUGUAAAGUUACUUCAGUCUUUUCCCACAACAGUCAGGAUUUAGCCAUCAUUCUGACCUGUAUAAGACUGAGUCUACACAUUCAGACUGUUGAGAAGAUGGAGGAUGAACUGAGAAAGUUGUUGACUUCUAAAGUGAAAGCGAAAGUCAGUUCAGGAUCAUUUUCUGGGAUCAUACCAAAUUUCCCUCACUCUGCUAGCAGUUUGAGUUUAGCUAGUACAGCCCCUGUCUGGGAUUUUCUCUCGGUGGAAAAGGAGGAAGUUAUCAUCACCAUGGAGAUGUUGCUAGGCCACUGUGUGUUUGGACGACACUGCUGUCUUAGGAUUGUCACUGCCUACAAAGUAGCUUGUAUUCUGAAUCGGACGUACGAGGAAGUUGUCGCGAGUAAUGAAUUCACGGUUCUUGGUGAUCUACUCAAGGUGACAUCGUUCCAGCAGAGAUUCAGUCUGGCUCGGGAUUAUCUCAGCACAAGUUCUUUAUCGGACGAUCAGGUAUCUGCUUUCCUGGCUGAGAAGGUAAUUACAGAUCUGAAGGUGUGCAUGGGUGGACAUAACGAACAAGAGUCCCCACGAAGUAGAAACCAGGAUCUAAUGUUCAACCCAAGAGACCAGUUCAUCAAGCUGUGUCAGGAUCCGUCCAAACUUGGCAACCACCUGCUUGAUGCCGUGGCAACAAUGCCAGCCAAUCAGACUGAAUCUUCAUACACAGAACUUUCGAUUCAAACAGAGCUACUCAUACUGGCUCAUGAAUGCUUCACUGUGGCUUGCAGUAUGGAAGGGAUCUCUAAUGUGCUGCGAGCAGCAAGAAUUUCCACAGACGUCCUUGUAGCAUCGCAAGAAUUUUCACUCAUGAUUCGUCUGCUAACAGGAGUGGGACGCUUCAGUGAAAUGACGUACAUAUUUGAUGCUCUAAUCCAUUAUGAGCAGUUUGAACUGUUGCUGCGAAAAGGGAUGGAAAGAGAAGACAAAUUAAAGAUUGCAAUACUGGACUAUCUGAAGCGAUUCCACCCCAAGGACAAUGAAAACUACACAAUGGUUGCUCUCAACUUCACGAUGUACAGAGAAAUUGCUCAGAUGUUGGAGGAAAAUGGCCGGCGCAUUGUUGAACUUGUGAAGGACAAGCCACUUGAAAGUACGAAGGAAAUGCAAGAUGUCCUCAAGAAAAGUGCCGUGUAUUAUUCUGAUGCUGCUGACGGCUAUGUAAAAGAAAACUGUUUCCGACAAGCCCAGCAGUGUAUCAGACAGGCCAGACUUCUUGCACUACAGCUGCAACAUCUGUCGUCAGGAGUUAUCCUUAUCAAUUUGUCACCAGAGGGCGUAACAAGCUUCCUAAACCAACAUCCAAAGUUUUCAGAGUGUUUGAUAGUGAGUGAAGCCUAUGGCAAGAGGGCUAAUUGGGUGACGGCCAUUUAUAACAAUGUGAUCGUCAAUAGCGAUUUCCGCUAUCUGCAGGAUCUCAAGUCCCACAUUGGACUGACACCUACGAUGAUUGCUGAAGCUGUUGAUAGGUACCAGCAGAUGGGGAGCCCUUCCUCUCAGUGUAUAGCCAACAUCAAGAAACUACUUCCCUACUGCAAGGAUGUUAAAACACAGUACUCGAUUGCCAAAGACCUGGGUCUCACCGAUGUCAUUUCCACAAUGCUGAAAGGAGAGUCAGCCAGUUAUCUGCAGGACAUUAUGUCCAAGUCGUAACUACAAAACCAUGGUCAAAGUCCAAUAUAUUUUACAUGCUCAUAUGCCACUAGAGUUUUGAGCAUGUCUUUCCCGGGUCCCGUCUCUUGAUAGCCAGUGACAAAUUUUGUUUUGGUGUUCCUUGCUGAGUCUUUCAUUCAUUGUAUGAUUGUACGAUUAUUCAGGUUAUCAGGUUACUACUUGUGAAUAAGGUGAAAAAGAGUACUUCACUGUCAGCUAAAUUCUCAAGUGAACUGUAGUUUUCUCAUAGUUUACUUGUUUUAUUUCUAUACCAAAUCAAGCAAUUCAUUCCAGACAUCCAAGCAGUCAUCUGGGUCUGUUGUUAAGACAUGUGAUGUAGGUCUCCUGGCUCAGGACUUUAGAUAUCACUAAUUUGGGCACAACAGGCUUUUUGUCUGUUCUGAACACAUCAAGGUCUUUUUAGUGCAGUAAUGACAAUAAUAGUUGGUAAAGAGUUGUACAUAUUCAGAAAAGCAUAUCAAGUUAUUUUAAUCAAAUUACAGCCUAACAAUCCAUUGAUUUUAAGGUGAAAUGUUUUAAGAUUAGCAUGUUUGUACUUAAUUUGGGCACACCGGUUAUUGCCUCAGCUUUGGUGCAAGCUAAAGCCAUGCAUACUGAGUCUGUAUUUUGUUGUAAUCUGUACAUGGGUUACCAAACAUUAUGCUUAUUUUGAUGACUGCAUAAUUAUAAAUCUGUGGACAGGUUUCCUUUAUCUGUAAUCUGUAUAUGUAUGUAUAUACUUAUAGAAUCUAUCACCAUUGUGAGGUAUAGAUAAGGCAAUUCCAACCUGAGGGACAAAAUGUUUUUUGUGAGGGCCAAUGUUUACUGAGGUUCUUACAAAAAUAGUUUGUCCCAAAGGCUGGAAUUGCCUUGCCUAUGCAUGUGCCUCCACAAUGGUGAUUGAUUCUUUUUCUUGCCCAUUUAAUUACAGUAACAAAAGAUUAAUUUUGUAAGCUAGCUACAGUUUGUUUAUUGUAGAACAAUUCAUAAACAUUUCACCUACAAACUCUUUUAAUCAUACGCAGAAACAUUUAGUCCACCUUAUGCAAUGACAUAAACAUGUAACCACUUGACAAUAAAUAUAAAGUUGAAAAUAUUAAUUUGUUUAAAUAUUUUUAAAACAAUGAUACAACAUGAAAUUUGAAAACUAUGAGUUAUGAUGUCACACGUAUGUAGAAAUCGUCCAGCACUAAGGUGCUAGACAGAUUUAUUUAGCACUGGGAAUGCUAAGCCAAUACAUUUGUACAGCCAACUACCGGAGGAGAGGAGAGCAGCCAUCUGUUAAUUUGCCUUUCAGCUGGAGGGACCAAUAUAUAAUGUUUAGAGCAGAGGGUGGGGGCCAUUGCCCCGGAGGCUUCCUACAACAGACAUGUCUAUUUUCUUAUCUGUUGUGGACAGAAAUUUCCAAGCCUUGCUACAACAUUUCAUCACAACUGUAAAAGAUUCGUUACUUCUAAUGGAAAAAUGUAGCGGGUUUCCUCCAAUUACUAUGAGUCAAAAUUGCCAAAUGUUUGACAUCCAAUAGCCGAUGAUUAAUAAAUCAAUAGUGGUGUCAUUAAACAAAACACACUUUAAAUUUUUGCCUGUGUCUUUGAUUCCAUUAAAUCUAGAUAAAUAAUAUUCUAGGUGAGACUACUGGUCUUGUGCUUAAAAAACAUUUAUGGAACAUUUUGUUCAGUAUCACAUCGCGAUUCGCUACACAAGAUUGCUACAAGAGAUUGCUACACAAUUUUAAAACAUUAAACAGAAGUUGCUAAACAAUUUUCAAUUGGCUAGAAAUCAUGCUAAUCAAGAUUUCGAAAGCAAAAUAUUCCCUGAACAUUUUAAGAAUCCAGAUUUAACACUUUAAUAGUCUCUCUCACCCAUUCACAUAACAUGGAACUAGACUCUGAAGAUUUUUAUAAAAUCAUACAUCUGGACUUAAAAAUGUAGAAGUUCUAGUAUGUAAUGUUCAUAAUUUUGUUCAGUAUAAUUAUAAUUAAAUUUCAGUUACAUUCAUUACAGUUUGACAUCAUCUCAUUGGUUCAGCUGUAGCAACAUGAAUUUGUUAAUUUGUUGAUGAAUGUAAAAAUAUCAUCAGGGAACGUCAUAUCUGAUGAUGUCACUUUAUAUUGGUACUUUGUCUUCCAAAAAAAUAAUUUAAAAUAAAAUAUGAACUUUUAGUGUU